AUGCAAAAGUACUACACACCGGCUCAUCGCAACAGCUCAUUUCAUCCGCUCACCCUACCUGCUCAUCCUAACCGCUCAUCUCACCCUCUCAUUUCACUCGUUCAUCUUAUCUGCUUAUCCCAUCUGCUCAUCCCACCCCCUCAUUUUCACUCAUUUCUCACCCACUCAUACCACCAACUCAUCUCACCCGCUCAUCUCAUCCGCUCAUCGUACCCGCUCAUCGCACCCACACGUCCUGCCCGCUUAUCCCACCCGUUCAUUCCAUUCGCUAUCUCAUCCACUCAUCCGCUAAUCUCACCCACUCAUACCACCAACUCAUCUCACUCGCAUAUCCGCUCACAUCACCCGCUCAUCUCACCCGCUCAUCGUACCCGCUCAUCGCACCCACACAUCCUGCCCGCUUAUCCCACCCGUUCAUUCCAUUCGCUAUCUUAUCCACUCAUCCGCUCAUCUCACCCGCUCAUCCCACCCGCUCACAUCACCCGCUCAUCCCGCCUGCUCAUCCCACGCGCUCAUCCCACCCGUUCAUCUCAUCCGGUCAUCUCACCCGCUCAUCCCAUCUGCUCAUUUCCCUCGCUCAUCUCACCCACUCAUACUCACUCGUAUAUCCGCUCACAUCACCCGCUCAUCCCACCCGCUCAUCCCACCCGUUCAUCUCACCUGCUCAUCGCACCUCCUCAUCCUGCCCGCUUAUCCCACCCGCUCAUUCCACUCGCUAUCUCAUCCACUCAUCUUAUCCGCUCAUUCCACCUGCUCAUUCCACCUGCUCAUUCCACCGGCUCAUCUCACUAG